AUGACUGACUUUGCCCCCGUCCCCCAGGGUGAGUGAUGCUUCCACUACCGCAACCAACAGGACGACCAUGGUCCAGGGUAGCUGUCGUCGUCGUGGGCGUGGCGCUGACAGUUUUACCUACGCUGCUUUCCCCCUUGACCCACCACGCCUCGCCCCGGGUGCGUCCUCUCGCGCGACGACGACGACGACGACCGACGGCCAUCACCGCCACCACCUUCCACCGCCGCCGCCUCGCCACAGACGUGCUCACCGUCAACGCCUCGGGCAUCUUGCUCUUCAACCGAUGGGAUUCGGCCGAUGUCGAGGUCAAGGACAUCUCGUUGACCGACUACAUCCAGGUCCGCAACGCGAUCCUCCUCCCACACACCGCCGGCCGAUAUGCGUCCAAGCAGUUCCGCAAGGCCCAGAUGCCCAUCGUUGAGCGUCUCGUCAAUGCGUAAGUAUGAUUCCCACCACCUUGCCACCUCUCUCGACCCCAUCGUAGCGACGUAGGACCCUGUGACGCGCGCAUACGGGCCACGGUCGAUUUUUUGCGGACCGUUCAGGGCCGACUUGCGGUGGGAUUGCAUGGGGUACAGCGGACUAUCUGGGGCGUGGAAAGUGACAGGAUGAACUAUUGGAAGUCAACAAGAGGGAGGGCAGCACCGUUAGGGCGGUCGGAGAUUGGAGGGAACGGUCUCGCGGGAUGGGGGCGUGACACGGGCCUGUCCACAACGGGAGCUUCGCCGGACCGUAACUGGCGCUGACCUGAUUUCGUGUAUGCUGCAUACGUCUGUGCCCAUCGACAGCUUGAUGAUGAACGGUCGCAACAACGGUCAGUACUCAAGAGUAUACGCUUCAAUCCGAUCACCGACGAUCAUAUACUGAUAUCAUCGACACGGCCUGUGUACCACCUCUCACAGGAAAGAAGCAAAUGGCCGUCCGAAUCGUCGCCCACGCAUUCGAGAUCAUCCACCUGCUCACCGACCAAAACCCCAUCCAAGUGUAUGUCGAUGCGAGAAAUACACCCACUUUUUUAAUUCCACAAAUGCUGAUGAGGCAAUGUUCGUUUCUGGGUCUGCUGCAGCCUUGUUGACGCCGUCGUCAACACUGGGCCUCGUGAGGACUCGACCCGCAUUGGAUCUCAAGGUACCGUCCGUCGUCAAGCCGUCGAUGUCUCGCCUCUCCGACGAGUCAACCAGGCCAUCUCGCUCAUCACCAUCGGUGUCCGCGAGUCGUCGUUCCGCAACGUCAAGUCCAUCUCCGAGUGCCUUGCCGACGAAAUCAUCAACGCCGCCAAGGGAUCGUCCAACUCGUACGCCAUCAAGAAGAAGGUGCGUUCGCUGUGAUUCGUGGUGGGGAAGAUGCUGUGGGAGAUGAAACGGAACUGACCUUGUCUCCCUUUUCGACCGACCAUCAGGAUGAGCUCGAGCGUGUCGCCAAGAGUAACAGGUAA